AUGGCGCCUGAUUGCUCUGAUGAUAAUGACUAUCGUGAUUCACUGGGACGUCUUGAGCGGAAAACAAGUGAGCAUGUGACUGUGAAUAAACACGAAACUCUCUACAGAUCAAUCGAGGAACGUCUUGCGGAUGCAGAAGAUGGUAAUUAA